GGGAGGCGCGCGCGCGCGGCUAGUUUCGAUCAGGCGUCGCCGCCUCAGUGGGGGAGGUCUCGCUCUGUCCUGAGGGGACAGGAGCCGCGAUCACGGCCAUGGCCUCGGCUUCGGCCCCGGGCGUCCCCACGACUUUUGGACAGGCGGUGAUCGGGCCUCCGGGCUCGGGGAAGACCACGUACUGCCUGGGCAUGAGCACUUUCCUGGCCGGGCUGGGCCGGCGAGUAGCCGUGGUGAACCUAGACCCGGCUAACGAGGGCACACCGUACGCAUGCGCCGUGGACAUCGGCGAAUUGGUGACGCUCCCCGACGUGAUGGAAGCGCUCAAGCUGGGGCCCAACGGCGGCCUCGUGUACUGCAUGGAAUACCUGGAGGCCAACCUGGACUGGCUGCACGACCGCCUGGCGCCCUUCCGCGGCCACUACCUGCUCUUCGACUGCCCGGGCCAGGUGGAGCUGUGCACGCACCACGGCGCCUUGCGCAGCGUUUUCGCGCAGCUGGCCCGGUGGGGCUUCCGGCUGACUGCUGCCCACCUAGUGGAUUCUCACUACUGUACAGAUCCGGCCAAAUUCAUCUCCGUGCUGUGCACCUCCCUGUCCACCAUGCUGCAUGUAGAGCUGCCCCAUGUCAACAUCCUCUCCAAGAUGGACCUCAUUGAGCAGUUUGGGAAGCUAGCCUUCAACCUGGACUACUACACCGAAGUCCUAGACCUCUCCUACCUGCUUGAUCACCUGGCCUCAGACCCCUUCUUCCGUCAUUACCGACAGCUCAAUGAGAAGCUGGUGCAGCUGAUUGAAGACUACAGCCUGGUCUCCUUCAUCCCUCUCAAUAUCCAGGACAAGGAAAGUGUCCAGCGGGUGCUGCAGGCAGUGGACAAAGCCAACGGCUACUGCUUUGGGGUUGCUGAGCAGCGGAGUCUGGAAGCCAUGAUGUCUGCUGCAGUGGGGGCUGACUUCCAUUUCACUUCCACCCUGGGAAUUCAGGAGAAGUACCUUCCUUCCGCAGAAGAAGAGGCAGUGGAACAAGAGGACAUGCAUUUGUAGGGGUGAGAGCAAGAGCAGACCCCUGGAUCCAGAUAGUGGCAGGCCCUGGGGCAGGACCAGAAACAAGCCGUCCAUGGUCUCAAGCCAGGAGCUAGUGCAGCCCAGCGAAGAACUCGGGAGCCCCAGAAGGGACGCUCUGAGGUUGACAUACGGACCUCUGCUGUGGGCUGGCCAAGGUGUGGCUCCCUUAGGAUUUGGUCCGCUGUAGGACACAGAUUCCCGGCCCUGCCGGUGGGCUUGGGUCACUUACCGUGAAAGUUCCUUUAAAUACACCUGACUUGGCAA